GGGCCGGCGGUGGACAUGCGCAGAGACGAGGAGCGCGGGGAGACUGGCGCCGGGGUGUACAAGAUACGUCCCGACACUGAGGCCGACCUGGGGUCGGGGAAGGACUGGCAGCGGCUGUCCAACGGGGCGCAACAUGGCGGCGCAGUGGGGCCAGCCGAGGGCACUGCCACACCAUUCGAAGAGGCCGUCGCCAUGACAGGGGUGGGCCGCUUCCAUUACGUGCUGGUGACUGUCUGCGGCUUCUGCCUCAUCUCCAUGAUUUUCGAGUCUCUGGCGGCGGCCUACGUCACGCCGGCGGCCCAGUGCGACUUCGACAUGACGUCAUUCGAAAAGGGCUUCCUCAGCGGAACCAUCUACGUGGGCAUGAUCGUGAGCUCGCACCUGUGGGGCUUCGUGGCGGACACGCGCGGCCGGCGGCAGGUGCUGCUGGUGACGCUCGCCCUCAACUUCGUGUGCUCUGUGGCGGCCGCCCUCAUGCCCACGCUGCCCCUCCUCAUAUUCUUCAGGUUCCUCAACGGCGUCUGGAUCUGUGGGCCCUCUGCCGUGACGUACGCCUACCUGGGGGAGUUCCACUCGGACAAGACGCGCACCCAGGCCAUCGUCUACGUCUGCAUCUUCCUCUCCAUGGCGCUCCUCGUGGAACCAGGACUGGCCUGGAUGGUGAUUCAGCAGAACAUGGACAGCCCAGCUGCUGUGAAUCACUAUCUACUCUUCUGGUCUCUUUCUGAUCCAAGGCUAUUUCAUCAUUGGCUUGGUCUCUGUAUCUCCAGCUCCUGGCACCUGUACCUGAUACACUGUGUGCUCAUGUCACCUCUUCCUGGUCCAGAGCUGAGUGUUGAAGGAUUGGCUUGGUCAGUGUGUUUGCAAAUCCCAGAACCUCUUCCUGAUCCAGUACUCGACGUUUCAGGACUGGCCUGGGCGGUGAUUCCUCAGCCCUGGGCUGCCCCGCUGCCGUGGAUCACGAUGCGGUCCUGGAGGGUUUUCCUGAUCCUGGGCGCUGUUCCCAGCGCCGCCACCUUCCUGGGGCUGUGGCUGCUGCUGCCGGAAAGCCCCAAGUUCCUGCUCGCUGUCGGCAGGCACGACGAAGCGCUCGACGUCCUGCGCGAGAUGUUCGCCACCAACAGCGGCCUCCCACCGGAGAAGUACCCAGGUGACCCAAAGGUUCGAUAA